AGACUCACUGCCUCCUCUUCCUUUUCGUUGGGCUCAUCUUCAUUCUCUGUGCCCAGGUGCCUCCUGCCUCUGCUCGCGUGCGCCCCGGAAGAUGCCCCAGGCCUACUGGCGGUGGGGUCUGUGCGGAAAUGUGUAGGAGCGACAGCGGCUGUGGUGCAGGAGAGAAAUGCUGCUUCAAUGGCUGUGGCCGCAGCUGCAUGAAGGCAAUUAGAGUGCGUCCCCCGAGGCUCCCCGGAAGAUGCCCCAGGCCUCAAGGCUUUGGGCACUGUGCGGAAAUGUGCGGCAAGAACGGCGUCUGUCCUGCAGGAGAGAAAUGCUGCAGCAACGGCUGUGGCCAUGAGUGCAUGAAGGUCACUAGAGAAUAACCUGGUCUGAACCCUGGAAUCACUGAGAGCCGUCUGUGCGGAAGAACUGCUCCUGUCAAGAGUCGAUGUACCAACUCGGGCCCUGAUCCGCCUCCACUAUCCCAGAGUGCCCUCUUCUCUCUGUCAUCUUUCCGCCCAAGGCACACCAAGAUAGCCUAAUUCUCUCUUCACUCUGAAGGGUCAUGCUGGAGGGGAACCAUGAUUAAAGACAC